GCCCCACACGCUCUGCUUCGUCGUUGUGGCUGUGCUGGACUCGGCUUAGUGUUCAAGCUGUAAUUUAUUCCUGGAAACUCGCGUCUGACCUUUCGCGUCGCUACAUGUCGCGGUAAUGCCAGCUUCUUCGAAAUUAUAGUACGUACUUGCUGCUGCUUCAAACGUCGACAAAUUAGCGAACAAAACCAUACACCUUGGAUUUUCCCAAAACGACUGGCUGAAAUUUGACUGGUUGUUGCCUUUUCCAUCGCCAAUGUGUGCCAUUCGCGAACAACGCACUCCGAGUCUGCGGCCGUCGUGUCUCGUCGUGAUGAGCGAGUCCCAGUUAUCCAAGCAACCCCGACGCCACUCGCUUCGCGCAAAUGACGAUGCAGAUGAAGCGACCAAAGCGCGCUCUGCCGCCGCGCUGAAUCACAAUGAAGGCCUGGAUGAUGCACCGAGGUCGCCUGACGGCGGAAAUGGCCUCGUCCAUCUCAGCAAAAGCUCGCCACCGAUACCGACACCAGCAACCCCUACCGCUACCCGGAGAACCCCAAAGCAUGAUUCCCCUACCGACGAGAGACCGGCCAAGCGACAGCGAACACUGAGCGCAACGACACCCCGAAGCGCGCGCAAACCGAAGCCCGUAUCCCCACCGUGGAAAAGGAUCGAAGCGGACGGCCCAACAUCGUACACCGAAAAUGGACGCCGGAAGUCUGGUCGCAUCAAUAUAGCAGUCGCGGAGACGCCUCAACCAACAACUCGAAAACCACGACAGGCAGCGAGUGCCCGAAAGGCGGCAGCGAACUCUUCUACCAAGACUCGCGAACAUACAAGUCGCAGCAAUGCAAAAGUGGGAAAGAGGUCAAAUGACGGCGAGAGCUUGUCCGUUCGGGGGCAUGGCUCAAGUCGUUCGGCAAAGAAGGGCUCAAAGCUGCGUACAUCCUCUGCGAGGCUUGCGCAAGGCACGUCACUGUCACCCGAACCGGAAUCUCGCAGACAGUCUAGUCGGGUGCGACAAAGCGUGAGAUCCCAAGCCGUGCACAGGUCUGCCGAAGACCCUAUGUCCGUGUCGGCGAAUUCCUACACGCAGCAUUCUUCCCCACGCAUACGGUUGCGGGUGAGUCGAGGAGGCAACAUACCGCUAGUGCAUGCUGCACAAGCACCCAAGCGACCCAAGCUUGGCGCGAACUUUGAAGACUUCUGGCGUCAGGCAGGGAAUAUCUCCGUUGAUGCAGGAGGUCUCCAGUCAUCCGAAGAUGGGGCAAUAUACACAGACGAGAUGGCUCGCAAAGAUGCACGCACUGUAUUACGAAUCGAGGAAGAGGUGGAAGACGGGGGCUUACUGUCAAGCCGCCGAUGCUCAUUGUUUGCACCAGAAACAACGGAAGUGCCAGCAAGGCAAUGGGCGAGGCAGGAUCAUAUGGUCAAGGCUAUGUCUAAUUUUCGAAGGCUGAUGGUGAUGGAGCAGCAACGACAUCGGACCAUGGCCAAGCGAAUCGCCGAGGCCUGUCGUGACGAAUGGCUAAGGCGUCGACCGAAAUCGCAAGAAGAAGUAGAAGCGGAAGCAAGGGAGCGAUGGCGGAGUACUUACCGUUAUUCUGUCAUGAGAGCAAUCAGUGGAUUGUGGGAGAACGUCAAGGCAGAGGCUAAUCGUCAGCGCUUCGAGGAAUGGGAGGCAGCGGAGCAGCGCCGGGUCAAAGCAGCUCUCAACGAGGCUGUAAACCUUUCUGAGCAAAAGCUGCAAGCGCGCCAGCUUGGGCUUGACUCCGAGAUCGCCUCCCUCGACGACCUGGACACGGAUGGCAGUGUCAACGACGACCCCCUUGACGACGAUUCACAAUCUGACACUGCCGAUACGCGGAGUUCGGACCUCACAGACAGCGACAACAUGUCGUCAACAGACGACGACGAACCGGAUGCAGGGGAGGUCGACGUAGCAGACGAAGUGCUUACCCAGGAUCAACUCCGUGUCAAGUAUGCAGGCGCCAGCAUGAAAUCAGCUUCUCCCACGGAUGCCAACAUGUCCACGAACCUCGGCACCAGUGUAUCUAGUGACGAGUCGGUGGACAUGGAUGAUGACCUGGGGGAGUCAGACCAGACGGAGGACAGUGAUGCUGCCGAUGAAGGGCGCAAAAACGGCACAAAUGCCGAUAGCGAGGACAGCGACGGUAGCGAUGAUGACCACGACGACGGGGCACCAAAUGGCCUGUUGAACAUGCUGUUCGAUGACUCCGAAUUGAAAGAGCUUUCCGCUGAAGCACCUGGAACGGAACCUAUGACAGGGGCACUUGAAGUAGGCGACGAUGGCACCCCGUCAAGCCUCGCGCCGGCCUCAACACGGCUCAACAGUGCUCCUGAUGAACAACUCAACACGAACAUCUCUACGGAUGGCGAUGCGCCAGGUUCAACUGUACUGCACGAAGAGUCCGAAAAGCCUAUGCGCCAAGAGAUCUCGCCCGAUGCAAAGUCGACGAUGGAUUAUGAACAAGAUCAAGAUAAAGCACGGCUCACAUCCGAAGAAUCACAUAAACAAACCACCGAGGUACCUUUCCUCCUGCGAGGAACCUUGCGUGAAUACCAACAUCAGGGUUUGGACUGGCUCGCUGGGCUUUACGCCAACAACACAAAUGGUAUCCUGGCAGACGAAAUGGGUCUUGGCAAGACCAUACAGACUAUUGCCCUGCUCGCUCAUCUAGCGUGUCAACACGAGGUCUGGGGGCCACACUUGGUGGUCGUUCCAACAAGUGUGAUGCUGAACUGGGAAAUGGAGUUCAAGAAAUGGUGUCCUGGCUUCAAAAUCCUGGCCUACUACGGGUCUCAGGAGGAACGGAAACGGAAGCGACAAGGGUGGAACAACGACGACAUGUGGAAUGUGUGCAUUACGUCGUAUCAAUUGGUUCUCCAGGAUCAGCAAGUCUUCAAGAGGCGUCGUUGGCACUACCUCGUUUUGGAUGAGGCGCACAACAUCAAGAAUUUCAAAUCGCAGCGGUGGCAAACACUCCUGGGAUUCAAUACGCAAGCACGACUCCUUCUCACAGGCACGCCUUUGCAGAACAAUCUCACAGAGUUAUGGUCCCUGCUCUUCUUUCUCAUGCCCGCUCAAAAUGGUGUGGGAGGGUUCGCCGACCUUGAAGAGUUCCAUGACUGGUUCCACAAGCCCGAAAGCCAGAUUCUGGAGAAUGGACGAGAACAGAUGGACGACGAGGCUCUAGCCAUCAUUUCCAAACUCCACAAGGUGCUACGGCCGUACCUCCUGCGCCGGCUGAAAGCGGAUGUUGAGAAACAGAUGCCUGGCAAGUACGAGCAUGUCGAAUUCUGUCGACUGUCGAAAAGGCAACGCGAGCUGUACGAUGGAUUUCUAUCCCGAGCUGACACCAAAAACACUCUAGCGUCUGGCAAUUACAUGUCUAUCAUCAAUUGCCUGAUGCAACUGAGGAAGGUCUGCAACCACCCAGACUUGUUUGUCGAUCGUAAAAUUGUCACCUCCUUGCGGAUGCAGAAAUCUGUCCCGGCUCUUUACCAAUCGACUGCACGAAUGCUGUCCCAGGGGCUCUUGAGGCCGGAACCCAUGUCAAAGGUUGACCUAGGAUUCUUGAACCUGGUGCCAGCGCAGUAUGAGAGUAUCCCAAGAGCUGUAGCUGAACAGGUCGCGAAACUGAGCCUAUCCACGGAUUUGUUGGACUACCGAGAAACGCAAAGAGUCCGGGCUCGAAAUGCAUACGUUAAUCUGGAUCCAACCACCGUCACAUCCAGUAUUGUUUACAUCGAGAGUGCAUUUCGCUGGGGCCGAUUCGAAGAGUUGCAACACUGUGUAUACUUGAAUGCACUGCGGCGCCAGCAAACUCCCAUAUACGGCAAAGAUCUUGUUCAGCUGUUGACAAUUGAUGCGGGCGAACGACUUCGGAAGCCAAGACCUAAGGCUGCUCGAGGUUUCUUGUCCUGGUUCGAGCAAACGUCGUCAACAGUGGGUUCGAUGGCUCUCUCUCUACAACAGCGCGCAGAGAGCAUGCGCACCGCCAUCGAGAAGUUCUCAUGUGUCACACCGGCUGUGGUGACCUGUGACAUUGGAGAAGUCGUCCUCGGCCGUCGUGCGGCUCAUGCCUUCACGGAACGAGAUCUCCAAAUCUCCAAGCCGAAGAAGUGGACACCAUGGUUGGAAAAGGAAUCACCUUUGGAUCCCUGGCAUGAGGCACGACUGCGUCUCAGUAUUCAAUUCCCCGACAAACGUCUCCUACAAUAUGACUGCGGCAAAUUGCAGGUUCUUGAUCGCUUGCUGCGCAAACUUCAAGCCGGCGGGCAUCGCGCCUUGAUCUUCACUCAAAUGACCAAGGUGCUCGAUAUACUGGAACAAUUUCUCAACAUUCAUGGCCACAAGUAUCUGCGACUUGACGGCGCCACGAAAGUCGAGCAACGCCAGAUCUUGACGGAUCGAUUCAACAAUGACCCACGAAUCCUGUGUUUUAUCCUCUCAACGCGCUCCGGUGGGUUGGGAAUAAACCUGACUGGAGCAGACACUGUGAUAUUCUACGAUCAAGAUUGGAAUCCUGCCAUGGAUAAGCAGUGUCAGGACCGAUGUCAUCGAAUUGGCCAGACACGAGACGUCCACAUCUACCGACUCGUCAGUGAGCAUACCAUCGAGGCGAACAUCCUACGCAAAGCCUCCCAGAAACAAAUGCUUGACGACGUUGUCAUACAAGAAGGUACUUUCACUACAGAUGCUUUCAACCAGAUGUCCGUGCGCGACUUGCUACGGGAAAAGGUGGAUACUUUCAGUGAAGGUGUUUCUGCGGCUGAUGCUGCUCUUGAUCGCGUCCUUGGUGGCUCUGAUGGGGACGCAAACCAGCGCAAAGUCGGUCGCGUUCUCGAGCAGGCUGAAGACCGCGAAGACAUCGAUGCAGCUCGCGUUGCGGAGAGAGAGAUCGAGGCCGAUGACGCUGAUUUCGUCGAAAACACAAGCCUUGUGACCCCUGAAGAUUCGACUGGCCGCAAUGCUGCAUCCGCUGUUCGCGACAUUGACGCGGAGGACCAGGCCACUGAAGGCAUCAUGCAGGAGCCGAAUGCUUGGGGAGCUCCGAUGGGGACGAUUGAUGACUUUAUGCUCCGAACGAUGGCCGAUGCGGUAAAGGGCACUAAGCUGGAGUUGCCUCGAGACAAGAAAAAGGGCAAGAAAAGGGGCAGGGAUACCAGAAAAAGAUAAGGACUGUUACUAGAAGCACGGGCUGCGUUCAUGUUGCCCGAGUAGUAGAGUACCAGUAGGAUGUACUACCUUAAUGUAACAUACAUCUGCUUGUAACACUUCGGACAACAGCAUGAUGCUAUGCGCCCACCGACUAUGUCAGCACGGAGGACAGAGUUGAGAUGUAUCUCCGUUUUGCCCGAGUAGCCAGAUGAGAGUGUCGACAGAGAAGUUCAAAAAUGUACGACGGUGAUGAAUUACCGACUGUCGUACUCCGUACUUGCGGCACUACGGGGAGUAUGAUAGUGUCGUGUGGCGACUAUUAUUAUGUGUGGCGUACAUGUGCGCACUGUGGCGCUGACCUUCAACAAGGGAUUCCGCGCUGGACUUCCUCAGACAGUACCUGGU